CUAGGAGAUAGACACAAGCUUUCACUCUAAAAGGUUUCUUGUUGAAAGAGACGCGCCGUCCUUCACGCUAUUUCCCUUUAUAGUUUCAAUCUCGAAGACUGGCGGCAAAGUGGCAAACCCAAAAACCACCGAUAAAGAAAAUCUCUGGUUUCUCCCACUCGCUGAGCACUCUCACUCUCUCUAGCAGAGACAGCGAUGGCAGCGACAGAGAAGGAACCCACGUCCGUAGUCUGUAAUCUAGGGAUUCUGGACACUCUCAGAGACGAUUCGAUCCAAGAGAUCGUUGAGAGCUAUAGCGGCUUCUGUGCCACCACCGAAGCCCUUCUCAAAGGCGCCGGAGACCUCUCCGUGGGCCCCGACUUCGUCGCUCACGUCCACAGCCUCUGUAAGCAUGGCCUCCACUCUCUGGUCCGAGACCACUUUCUUCGGGCACUUGAGGAAACUUUCGAGAAGAAUGGAGCAUCCAAGUUUUGGCGGCAUUUUGAUGCUUAUAGCAAUGUUGCUAUUCUGUCAAAAAAUAAACACCCUAUAUGCGAGGGUGAAGUCCGGCAAGUAUUGUGCAUAGCUCUGGAAGAGAUAGCUUUAGAAAAGCAAUACCAGGAGAAGUGCUUGCUGAUGCUGGUUCACGCUUUGCAGUCCUACAACGAUCAGAUAUCAGAGGGAAGGCACCCUUCCAAUUCCGAGAGAGAUCAUCUCUUCUCUACAUAUCAAUUACUUGUGUCUUCGGUGCUAAUGGCUAGAAUUCCUCGGCAUUUUAAUGAGAUACUCCACUGCUAUUUUAAGGGAAGCUUGGAGGAGUUAAGUACAAUCAUGGCAGGAGAAAUUGAUGAUGAAAAUGAAUCUCAAGAAAAAGACGACAUGUAUUUAGAUGAAAAAAGCAAAAUAUCUUACCGGACUGGUAGGAUGGAGAUUGAUGAAAGCUGUCCCCAAGUCAGGUUCUCAGAGAACAAUAAAUUGGUGAAGAACAUUGGGAAGGUUGUUCGUGAUCUUAGAAGUCUUGGAUUUACAUCUAUGACUGAGGAUGCCUAUGCUUCUGCUAUCUUUCUACUUCUAAAGGUGAGCAUGUGCUCCAUUUCUGCUGCUAAAGUACAUAAUCUAGCUGGCGAUGAUUACAGAAGUUCCGUCUUGGAGUCCAUUAAAGGGUGGAUACAGGCUGUGCCUCUCCAGUUCUUGCGUGCACUGCUUGCUUAUCUUGGUGAUUCUGUUAGUUAUGAAAGUCCUUCAUCUGGCCUAAAAUCACCUUUGGCUUCACGUCCUUCAUCUUGCUAUCCUGGAAUUGAUACUCCUUCUGAAGGACUCGUUAGAUGGCAAUUGCGGCUUGAAUAUUUUGCUUAUGAGACAUUGCAAGAUUUAAGAAUAGCCAAGCUUUUUGAGAUAAUUGUGGAUUAUCCUGACAGCUCUCCUGCUAUUGAAGAUUUAAAACAAUGUCUUGAAUAUACUGGACAACAUUCUAAGCUUGUUGAAUCGUUUAUCUCAGCACUAAGAUAUCGCUUGCUAACUGCUGGUGCCUCAACCAAUGAUAUAUUGCAUCAAUAUGUUUCAUCCAUUAAAGCACUACGGACAAUAGACCCAGCAGGUGUUUUUCUCGAAGCAGUUGGUGAACCUAUAAGAGAUUAUUUAAGGGGAAGGAAAGAUACCAUAAAAUGUAUUGUGACAAUGCUUACUGAUGGGAGUGGUGGAAAUCCAAAUGUAUCUGGAAACACUGGGGAUAGCCUUCUUGAAGAAUUAAAUAGAGAUGAAGAAAGUCAAGAAAAUAGUGGUGUUGAUGAUGAUUUCAUCACCGAUGACAAGCAAGCAUGGAUUGAUGCUGCACGCUGGGAGCCUGAUCCUGUAGAAGCUGACCCGUUGAAAGGUAGUAGGAACCGGAGGAAGGUUGACAUACUUGGGAUGAUUGUUGGCAUAAUUGGUUCAAAGGACCAACUAGUCAAUGAAUACCGUGUUAUGCUGGCAGAAAAGCUUCUGAACAAAUCUGAUUAUGACAUUGACUCAGAGAUACGCACUUUAGAACUCCUCAAGAUUCAUUUUGGAGAGAGCAGCAUGCAGAAAUGUGAAAUAAUGCUCAACGACCUGAUAGAUUCAAAGAGGACAAACACAAAUAUAAAAGCAACUAUUACUCAGCCAUCUCAAACAGGGGUUGAGCUGGGGGAUAAUGCAGUGUCCAUGGAUCUUCUUGAUGCUACAAUCAUAUCCUCAAAUUUCUGGCCCCCAAUCCAGGAUGAGACCCUUAAUGUUCCCAAGCCUGUUGACAAGCUGCUCGCUGAUUAUGCAAAGAGGUUUAAUGAAAUCAAAACCCCUCGUAAGCUUCUUUGGAAGAAAAAUCUGGGGACUGUCAAGCUGGAGUUGCAAUUCGAAGAUAGGGCAGUGCAGUUCACUGUGGCUCCUAUACAUGCAGCGAUUAUUAUGCAAUUUCAAGAGCAAACGAGUUGGACCUCUCAAAAUCUGGCAGCUGCUAUUGGGAUACCUGUAGAUGUACUCAAUCGAAGGAUAAAUUUUUGGAUAAACAAGGGAAUCCUUGCAGAAUCACUUGGGGCAGAGUCUAGUGACCAUGUAUUUACCCUGAUGGAAGGGAUGGUUGAAACUGGUAAGAAUGGUGGAGAUAGUGGGAGUUGUGAGGAGCUUCUAGUAGGUGAUGAGGAGGGAGAGAGAUCUGUGGCCUCUGCUGAGGAUCAAAUACGCAAGGAAAUGACUGUGUAUGAGAAAUUUAUCAUGGGGAUGCUCACAAAUUUUGGAAGCAUGGGACUAGAUCGCAUUCAUAAUACUCUCAAGAUGUUUUGUGUAGCUGAUCCCCCAUAUGAUAAAACAUUACAACAGCUUCAGAGCUUCUUAUCUGGUCUAGUUUCUGAAGAGAAGUUGGAACUAAGAGAUGGAAUGUAUGUUCUGAAGAAAUAAUGAAUUGACUGAGUGGCAAUACGUUCUCCACUGAAACAUUAAGCACAUGGCAUUGGUCAGAGAAUGAUAUUUGAAAACCUUAUAAUUGUCAUAUUCUUCUCCUCGGUGAAUUGAUGCUCAGAAAUUUUUUGUCCUCGUUCUGAUAAUGUAUCAGGAAGCAUUGCAUCAAUGUCAGAUGAGUUGUAGUCAGUCUGAACAGAGACUCGUGACGAUGUCAAUCAUUGUGGGAUGAGUGUUGCAAUUAUCUCACGUUCGGUUGGAACACUCCCUGAGCAUCAUUCCGUGUGGUGUGAUUCAAGGUUUGAGUGUCUUUUGGGAAUGGCUUUCCAAUGGACUUCCAGUUCUGGAGAGCCAUUUUUGGGUUAUUCUUAAAGAAAAUCACCUACAACUCCGCGUGGUCAAAAGAGUAUUCUGGUGUAUGCAUAUGCUUAUGGAAAUGGAGUUCUGUGAGUGCAGGAAGUUAAAGAUCCUAAAGAGUUCUAUUCAUGACACGUUCCUGCGAGACAUUAAUAAUGUUAAAUCUUAUUAUGAUAUUUGUUGAUGCAUUAUGAGUGCUGCACCCACGCUGGUAUAGGAAUAGUGACGUUUGAGAUGUCCCUGUCCCUGUUCCAUGGUCCUUUUUUACAUGGCUUCUAAGAGCAAUUCCUCUCCUUGCACUCUUUUUUAUGAAUCAAAUCUUGUCAUGUCAACAAUGUUAAGGUGUCAUCCACGCUGACUCUGCGGGUGAUUCUAAUAAUUUCUUAAGCAAAAGGCAACUUAUGAGUUUUAUUAACCUUA